AUGGCACCUGUUCAAUUUGGCAUUCUUGUCUAUGACUUCCAAGCACUCGAUGUUAUAGGCCCCAUGGACCUCAUCAACUCGUGCAGCAAGACAUCUAUGCAAAUGAUGUCUCCCUUUAUGAAAAUCGAACAAGAAACAAUUUCCCACGCGCAGGAUUUUGUGAUCCACCACGUCGGCCACAGUCGUGACCCCAUCACGCUCACUUGCGGCUCCCUAACCAUCACGCCCACCACCACCGUGGAAGAAUGCCCUGAGCUGGACAUCCUUCUUUUGGGUGGUCCUGAUCCGUCCACCUUUGAACUGCAUCCCAAGUAUGCAGACUUUAUUCAACGACAUGUGGCAGCUGGGAAGUUACUUUUCACCACCUGUACCGGAGCUGUGGUUGCUGCAUUGGCGGGUGUUCUCGAUGGCAAAAACGCUACCGUCAAUCAUGGUGCCAUUCCGUUUUUGAAGGAAAAGUUUACGAGCGUCAAUUGGACCGACGAGAAGAAAUGGAUUGUUGAUGGGAAUAUCUGGACUUCGGGUGGUGCUAUUGCUGGGAUGGACAUGUUUGCCCAUUGGGUCAAGGAGAACUAUGGGCUAGGUGUACUUAUUCAUGGGUCAUCAGUCUUGGACUACGAGCCUAGAGAUGUCGAUGGCAUUCUCGAUGUCAUUCCGAAGCGAUUUGGGGAGGAUGGCAAGCAGCUUCCCACCCACGUAUUUAAAUAG